AUGGUGGCACGUGUGCGAAUGGGCUUGGAACGUUUUACAGGGGUAAACUGUGCCACCAACAUCAAUGAGUGUGUGAGUAAUCCUUGCAAGUAUGGAGGGACAUGUAUUGAUAGCAGGAACGGUUUCAUUUGCUCUUGUGUUCCGGGGUAUAGAGGACCUACGUGCAUUCUGAGCUCAAACGACUGCACCAAUAACAACUGUGUGAACGACGCAACUUGCAUUGAUGACUUUCCGACCUACAGGUGUCAGUGUCCUCCUGGUUACCAUGGGGAUCUAUGUGAAUCCGAUGUUGAUGAAUGUACACAAUUUGACAACGUGUGUCCACCUGGAUCAGCGUGUAGCAAUACCAUAGGAGGAUACGAAUGUGAAGAAAUACCAGUCGAAGAAGUUCCCCCGAGCGGCAUCUGUCAGACCGAAAUGUGCAGAAAUGGCGGAACUUGCUCGCUCUACAGAAAUACCUACGUAUGCGAUUGUCCAGAAGAGUUUAGUGGAGAUCUGUGCGAGGUGCCCACGAUGUUUGACUGCGCUAUUUCCUUGUGUCAGAACAGUGGCACAUGCGUCAAAACCAUCGAGAGUGAUGGCAGACAAACUUCAAGAUGUGACUGUCAAGAAAACUAUAUCGGUACUACAUGUGAGACAAAUUUGCUAGGAACUUUCUACGCCAUCGAGCUCGAAGAUCAUAUCCAAAAUUUCGACGGUCUCACCAACAGAUUGAGUACUCUUCUAGGGAUAGCACUCAACCAGUCUAACUCCAUCAUCACUGUUAUACUCUACAACAGUACUUAUCGUACUGCCUAUACUGGGCAGAACUACACAGCAGUAGGGUUCUAUGCCUACGUUGAAGAUGACAUAGUGUCGAAUGAGAAUAUUUCUAGAGGGCUUUCGGCUAUGAGCAUUGAAUCUCAAGAUUCUAUCAUUCAACCUUUCAAGAUCUUCGUUCUAAGGGAUAGAGGAAAACCCGACGCGCAGACGGGUGGAGUUCAAUCGUGGAUAAUCGGUGUGGUGGUCAUACUCGUCAUCAUCGUCCUCGUCUUAGUCAUACUUGGGGCUGUGUAUGUCAGAAGAGUUCGUAUACGCCGCAAGAUGGCUGUACCUGAUUCGGUGGCAGGAUCGGCAGGGUUCACCAGCAGGAGUGUGUCGGUCACAGACUCCAUGGCAGCGGCGAUGGGUGCUGAAGCAGAUCGAACAGGGUUGGUCAGAGCGUCUUCGGUAGACCAAACCAUCUUCGAUAAUCCCGUCUAUGAAGAGGUUCCAGACCCUAAACGAGGGGCUUCUGGGUAUCCAGAGAGAGAUGAUGUGCAUCCCCCUUCAAGACGGGCUGUAGAUAAUGUAUACCAUGACUUAGAUGAUGGAACAGUCUAUAUGAAUAGCAUAAUCCGGAAACCGUAGAGCACCAGUUUAUGUGUUUGAUUCGAUUGCCUUAAUCAAUAGCAUAUUAAAUUACUUCCAUUGAAUUAUAUUGAAUAGUAAUAGUGAUAGUAAUACAUGUAUGUACAGCGCCAUGAGCGUCAGAGCCUGGCGGAUACCGGCGCUAUAUAAAUAUCCAUAUAUUAUUGUUAUUAUUAUUAAUAUAUUUCGAGGAGGAAAAACAGGCGUAUAGCCAAUUCCAGCUGUUUUAAAGUAAAAAAAAACCCUCAACGGUUCUUUUAUGGUAUUCUGAUUGUGUAAAAGUGCAUUAGAUUUACAAAUACACAACUAAAAAUGUGAUUUUAGCUUGGAAAAAUAAAGUCACAGUAAAUUAUUGAAUUAAAAUAUCAUAAGAAACGAGAAGAAAAAAACAACAACAUCGUCUUGAACACAAUUCACAUUGCUUUUAAAUGAGUUCAAAUUCGGUCAUAUUUUCAUUCACAUUCCAUAUUACAGUUUAAAUACACUGUAUCAGUUUAUAAAAAAAAAUCAUCUUAUUCGAUAUACCUUUUGAUACGGCUGACACGACAUACAUCUUUAAUACAAAUAUUUGACAUGACCAUGUUGCUCUUGUUAUUUUCCGAUUUAUGAUUCACAAUCUAAUGUGGCUUACUUUGGACACAAUAUACAUGUACCACAAAUAAUAUGUAUAUUGUAAUAAAUGCUUACUUUGGCCAUAAUAUACAUGUACUACAAAUAAUAAUUAUAUGGUACUAAUGCUUUAAACUUUGGGCAUAAUAAAAAUGUACUACAAAAUAAUAGUUAUAUUGUAAUAAAUGCUUACCUUGGUCGUAAUAUACAUGUACUAAAAAUAAUUCAUAAAUCAUAUACAAAAAUUGAAUAUGAUAAUAAUGCUUUAAUACAUUGCGCAUUAUAACAAAUACUAAAGUAAUACAAAGUUUUGGGAAAUUUUGAAAAUUGGGUGGAUAGUG